UUUUACAGGAUGAGAGAAUCACAUGCUACGAAUCGUAGCGGAGCAGAAUGAGAUUCAGCUCAAAAUUCAACCAAAACACGGGGAAAGUUCCAUUUAGGGAAAGUAAUACAAUUUUAUCAGUCUUGUCGGUGUGCUGCUUCGUACUCUUGACAAAAUGAGUACCUUUCUCCGCCUUUCUCUCCACAUCAAAUUUCCACUAUCCUCAAUUGCCGGCAGUAGACAAAUUCACAUGACGAACUCACUUUUAGAGUUACGCAAGUUAGCUAGAGUCCGAUGCGUUGAUAAUAGUGCGAUUGGAAAGCAGGCCAUGGCAGAAGGGAGACCUCCAAAGAUUAUCCACGUUUACAAUAAAAAAGCUAUUGCUACGAUAGGAGACAAAGUAUUGUGUACGGUGAAAGGAGAGAUGAAGAAAGCAAUUGUGGUUGGAGUAAAGAAACAUCAGAGGCAUGGUAUUCCUCGCAGUGAUACCAAUAAUAUUGUAUUUAUUGAUGACAAUGGAACACCUCUUGGUACUCGAAUCCUUGCCCCAAUUCCUAUGCUUCUACGCAAAGUAUUAAAGGAAAAAACCAUUGCAAAAGGCGCAGAUUAUACCAAAGUUUUAGCGAUAGCAUCAAGAUUUGUAUAGCCAGAUGAUAUGACAGAAUUAUGUAUUUUCAUGAAGGCCUUCGUUUCAAUUUGAUCGUCAAUAGUUUAUUGUUCGUUUGUAAUAUAAUUUAAGUAAGCCAUGUUUCUACAAAUAAUAAAGACUCUUUUUCCUCCUUCAAUGGA